AUGGAAGAUGAGCUAAAGCGACAAGCUAGGGCUGCUUCUAAAGAUGGCAAGGAAUUUGAACUCCCUGAGAAACUCAUUAUAUAUCAUGCUGGCACAGGCCGCAUCACGUUCAUGGCCAUGCUCAAAAUCACAACGCUCUUCAUCGGCGCUUUCUUCUGCUGUAUAGUAGCACCAAGCUACAUCAAAGCUGAAAAGCCCGAGCUACUCACCGCAGGCGUCGUCCUAUGCGGCAUCAUCCCCGUCAUAUUCGUCACCUACAUAACCUCCCCCUUCGUAACACACAUCCACGUCCACCUCCCCGCCUACGCCCGAACAUCACGCCCCAUCUUAGAGCGCUUCAUCAAGAACCUCCCUCCCACAACGCCCCUCACCCUGACCACCAUGAGCGCCAUCUCCAAGCCUCGCUACAGCAGCAUGCACGCCGGCGAUCUGAGCCCUGUGCGACGCCGCCUCGGUCUCAUCAACUACGUUCGUGACACCAAGGAAGAGAAUGCGAGGCGCAAGUGGUAUAUGUUCCGUGCCGUCGGCAAGUUCUACGUGCAGGACAAGAGGCCGCAGACGCGGGUCCGGUAUCAGAAGAAGACGGAUAAGGUAGAUGGUUGGAUCUGGGAUGUCAUCAAGGAGCGCAUUGACAAUAGGGCGUUGAAGGCUGCGUCACCUUAUAAGGGGAAUGUCUCGAUUUGA